CUGCCAGCUGAUUUCUUUCAUUCGCCUCGGUCUGUGGAUGAGUGCUAAAUUCAUAGCAUCAUGGAAAGGAUGGAGAAACCGCUUCUGGUAUUUGCAUUUGUCUUCUUCCUUCAAGUUUGCAACUGUUCUGAAGCUGAGCACCGGCUCUAUAAUGAAUUGUUUGCCAAUUACAACAACAUCAUCCGGCCCGUGGCGAAUGUAUCCGACCCAGUCAUGAUCUGGUUCGAGGUCUCCCUCUCACAACUGGUCAAGGUGGAUGAAGUGAACCAAAUUAUGGAAACCAAUUUAUGGCUGAGACACAUUUGGAAUGAUUACAAGCUGAAGUGGAAUCCAGACAAGUACGGAGGUGUCCAGUUCAUCCGCGUGCCAUCACAAAAGAUCUGGAAACCAGAUAUUGUAUUAUAUAACAAUGCUGUCGGGGAUUUCCAGGUGGACGACAAAACCAAGGCCUUGCUGAAUUAUACCGGAAAUGUCACCUGGAUGCCACCCGCUAUAUUUAAAAGUUCAUGCAAAAUCGAUGUGACCUACUUCCCGUUUGAUUACCAGAACUGCACCAUGAAGUUUGGAUCCUGGUCCUAUGACAAAGCGGAGAUCGACUUAGUCCUAGUUGGGUCCACGAUGAACCUCAAGGACUACUGGGAAAGUGGCGAAUGGGCCAUCAUUAAAGCCCCUGGCUAUAAACACGACAUCAAGUACAACUGCUGCGAAGCAGUCUAUCCCGAUAUCACCUAUUCCCUUUAUAUCAGGCGGCUGCCCUUGUUUUAUACUAUCAAUAUGAUUAUCCCCUGCCUCCUGAUCUCUUUUUUAACUGUGCUGGUGUUUUACCUACCUUCAGAUUGUGGCGAGAAAGUGACGCUAUGCAUCUCGGUCCUUUUAUCCUUAACCGUUUUCCUCCUGGUGAUCACCGAGACCAUUCCUUCGACUUCCUUGGUGAUCCCAUUGAUUGGGGAAUAUCUCCUCUUUACCAUGAUCUUUGUCACUCUUUCCAUUGUCAUCACUGUCUUCGUGCUUAAUGUGCACUACAGGACUCCCAGGACGCACACCAUGCCCCAGUGGGUCAAAGCUGUUUUCCUAAACUUUCUCCCUAGGGUCAUGUUUAUGACCAGGCCUACUAGCGAUGAUGAAGAAGAGGAGGAGGAGAGUCAGAAGCCCAAGUCGCCUUACAAUACCGAGCUCUCCCACUUGAACUGCCUCAGUGCCUCUGAAUCCAGUUGCGGUAAAGAUGGCGUCCUGUGUCAAGAUUUGACAUGCGACUGUUGCCAGCAUCAACAUAUUAAAUAUGUCAAGUUGAACAGCAACCUGACCCAGAGCUCCAGUUCAGAAUCAAUGGAUGCUCUGCUUUCCACUUCGGUGAUAUCGCCAGAAAUGAGAGAUGCGAUCGAGAGCGUCAAGUACAUUGCGGAAAACAUGAAGUUGCAGAACGAAGCAAAAGAGACUCAAGAUGACUGGAAAUACGUGGCCAUGGUAAUUGACCGUAUUUUCCUUUGGGUAUUUAUUCUGGUGUGCAUUCUGGGGACAGCAGGAUUAUUUUUGCAACCGUUGAUGAUUGGCGACGAAGUGUAAACAGUGAUACCCUGUAAAAUGCAAUUUGUCGUUUGCUGUUCAAACACUGUGUACGUUCUCUCUUUAUGUUAAAGUACUUAUUUCUGUGUCUUUGUAUAAUGAAAUAAGGGUACCUGAGGACUGAAUAGGCUAGGUACAUGAACGUGAACCCAGCUGACAGUGUUACACACAUUAUUCCAAAGUAUAUUGUACACGACUGAAGAAGUUAACCUUUUUAGGAAGACUGCAAGAGUUUUUUCACUUACUUUCUAGAACUAAGUAUAAUAGUUGGUGUGUUUAAAAGAUUUGUAAUGAGUGGCUGUUACUAAGCCUCAGACUAGUACAAAUUUACAUUUUCGUCUAUCGUGCCAACCCAAACACAGAUGUUGUCGUAUUACAGCAAAACAAAGCUGUGCCAGCAAUUCCAAUAUCAUAAUAUUAGGAUCUUGUUAUAUGUCACUACACUGUCCAUAGUUUAGAAAAAUAUACAAAAGAGUUAUUAAGGUAGGUAGGAGUUGGUCAAGUAGACACUUGAAAGGCUUUCCAGCCACCAUAGACCUGAACUGUAGCAGACAGAGUUAAGUUUCCAGAAGCUGGUAUAUGGUAGCAGAUGAUGCAGAUGGGUUUGCACUUGCUAGCGUACAAGGCAAAGUUUGAUCAUUUCCACAUUUCAGGGCAGUUUUAACAACGUCAACCAGAAUAUGUGGAAUCACAAGGUAUUCUCCCCCAAGUCACUACUACGGCCUGUAGAAAAGUAGGUCUUUUGAUAUGCUGGAUUAUUGACUUCCUUGGAGUAUUUCUCACCAAGUUUUGCUAAUACAGGAAUGCUGCAAAGCAGUGCUUCUUAAGUAAUCUCUUGUGGGGAACUGGUUGCCUUUCCUCCAAUGUGUCAGGGCCCAACACAAUAUUUGUGCACAACGGCUACAACUGUUUUACUUCCCUGGAAACUCACCGUGGAUCAAUAACCAGCAUCUCACAGACCAGCAAUGGUCCAUGACCAUCACAUUCAACUGCACUCUAUAGAAAGAACACAAGGAACAAACACGCCAAUUAUUUAUUUAGUAAUUUUGUUACUGAAAAAAACCAAAACAAAACAGGUGGUGAAUUUGCAGGUUUGGUUUAAAAAUCCCAUCUUGCCACUGUUAUCUGCUUGUCAGCCCAAUCCUAUGGAUCAGAGGUGAGGAAGGAUCCCAAUGAAAUGGAAGACGUAUACAUACAUUUUAACUACAGCAUUUCAAUAAAUAUGGGGAGUGACAUAUUUCUCAAUCUUAAGUUUAGUAUUAUCUAAUUCUGUGUUGAGUCUUUCCGCCAAGAGUAACAUUAAAUCUAAGGAACACUUGUUAAGAAUAGUUGCCCAUUUAGUCUUAAAAUCAGUAUCAUUUGCAAAUAAGCCUGGACUUUUUUGUAUCCUAAGUCCUCUAGGAAUACGUGCUGUUUUGCAGUAUUCAGCUAAAGGAGAGGCAUUCUAAUAUAUUGUUUUUUAAGAAGUUCAAAAUCUUGCCAAUUGAGUGACACAUUUCAGCACCGGAGACUAAGUGCUUGCCUACAGGACACAUGAUGCAUUGCCCUAUCAGCACCAAAUUCUGAAUAAAUUGAAUUUAAAAACUCAUUUUUCUCCAAGGUUUCCAGGAAAUGUCAAUGUUUCCUGUAUGUAAAACAAGGGAUCCAACAUGGAUAGAGGGGAGGAAGAUGCAAGACAGAUCACUGCCUGGAAGGUGCUACCAUUUACCGAUAUCUGGGCCAGUUCCCUUCCCGAAACGAUGGUUACAAAUAUUUUUUCCCCUCCUUGGCUAUUGCUGCCAGAAAAACCUUUCUGUAAAUAUAAUUCUGAGCGGGGAACUGGCCUGGACAUCGGCAAAUGGACAUUGCCUGCCAGUCAGCCAUCUGUUUUGGUUCUGGAAGCAGUGGUGAUGGGAUCUGAUGAAAGAAAGGCAGUGGCAGGAUCCAUAGAGACACAACUGCUGUGAGGAAAACAGGUGCCAGGUUCUCCAGGGCAGGUAAGAGACGUGGAGUCCAUCCAGACUUUCCUCCCAAGUGUAGACAGCAGCGUUCUGCCUUUCGGGGGGGAAAUACGAUUAAGUAAAAAUGAGAAAACAAUGCAACCAGUUUUGGAGAGGUUUGUUCAAAAUUGUCAACUACUGUAUUAUUUAUCCAGAAUUCUUAACUAUAGUAUACUUCAUACAGAAAAUAAACCAAUUUGUUGUUGUUAAUGUCUGUGCAUUUUCUUGAGCCUGAAUGUGACA